GCUUCUGGAGUAACAGUGAAUGAUGAAGUCAUAAAGGUUUUUAAUGACAUGAAAGUAAGGAAAUCUUCAACCCCAGAGGAGAUUAAAAAAAGAAAGAAAGCUGUUCUCUUCUGCUUAAGUGACGACAAAAAGCAAAUAAUUGUAGAGGAGUCAAAGCAGAUACUGGUUGGUGACAUUGGCGACACUGUGGAAGACCCCUACACAGCCUUUGUGAAGUUGCUACCUUUGAAUGAUUGCCGAUACGCUUUGUAUGAUGCCACAUACGAGACAAAGGAAUCUAAGAAAGAAGACCUGGUAUUUAUAUUCUGGGCUCCUGAAAGUGCACCUUUAAAAAGCAAGAUGAUCUACGCAAGCUCUAAAGAUGCCAUUAAAAAGAAAUUUACAGGUAUUAAACAUGAGUGGCAAGUAAAUGGUUUGGAUGAUAUUAAGGACCGCUCAACACUUGGAGAGAAACUGGGAGGCAACGUGGUAGUUUCACUUGAAGGAAAACCCUUAUAAAAAGAACAGACAAGUGCCAUCUGGAUCUAAGGAGCUUCCAUUUCUGCAGCUCUUUCAAUUGGAAUAGUAUUAGUCUCCCCAUCCCCUUCCCUCUUCAAAAAAUAAGUCCCUUCCCUCAUGCCCCUGAAGGAGAUGUCAUUGUUAAGCAGUCUACCAGUGAUUGCCAUUAGACUGUUUAAUCCUGGUAGUUUUAUGUAGGAUCCAAGGAAUGCUUUCACGUCAUACACUUAGCCAAAACUUGACGUUGCAGGCAUUUCUUGCAACAUGUAAAAUGAAUGUGAUAGUCAAUGUGAAUAGUCUAGCAGACAGCAAAGGGUAAGCUAAUUGAAUGCCUUGAAAGUAUUGUCCACUGGUCGGAUGGUAGACUCUAUACAGUAUUACUUACAGUUGCACUUGAUUGCAGUUCCAUGAGGCUCUUGUGCAUUCAUACACCUCACCUGCCUUGACAAGCCUAUUUUUGUGACAUGGCAGCACACAACACUAUGCAUUUAAAGCACUUUUUUGUAAUAUGUUUGACCUGCCCCCCCUCCUCCCCUAAAGGAAUGCCAAUUAAGUUGCUGUAACUGUGUCAUCGAAUUAUUGUAGUACCUCGGUUUCAUUCCUGUUACAUGCAUAUCUUUAUAAACGAAGUAGCUGUUACGAUGCCUUUUGUUUUCCAUUGAAUGUACACUACUGAACAGGAGUAGAAGUUAUCUGUUUACCUUGUGAGUCUCGAAACACUAAAGUUCUGUAAAAACAUCAGUCAUGAUGGCAAUUCCUGUAUUAAAAAGAGCCUUAAAUGGAACAUUGUUUUUUGACAUCAAAAACUGGCCACGCUGCAAUAAAACUUGUGGCUUAUUACA